AUGUGGCGGCUGCUUCGUCGCGCGUGUGUAAAAAAAUUUCCGGGGGGUCAAACGGCUUCCACUACUUUUGGCUGCAGCGUCAAAAGAGGUGCAACUACCAUCGGCAUGUCGGAUGAUCCUCCGGCGGCAGAUCCCAUUCUUUUCGACGCCCCGGUGGCGUCCCGUGUGGUUGGGCGCGAGAGGGAAAUCAUGCAACUGUGGCAGAACUUACUAGCGGGACGACAUUGUCAGGUAAUAGCGGGACUGGACGGCAUUGGAAAAACAACUAUCGCGGUGGAGUUCUGCAGCCGGGCACGACGCAGUGGGCGCUUCACUUGUGUUCAUUGGUUCGACUGGGAUGAUUCACUCGAGUCGCAUCUUUUACAGUUCUUUCAGUCGAUGAAGGGGCGGAAGGAGAAGGAUGUAUUGCUCGUUGUAGAUGGCACGCCAAACCCGCAGGUCGUUCUUCAACUAAUACCUGAUCAUCCGAAUGUGUACGCACUGGUAACGAGCAGUGCGGAUCCAGUCGGGAAUCUAAAGAUACCCGUUCUGAAAGCCGGCUCAUUCACAGAGGUUGAUGCGGACCAAUUUUUACAGGGUAUUAACGUAGAGGAGAGAGCCACAUCCUCUACCAGAGAUGUGAUGCACGCUGUCUGUCGUGUUCCUAUUCUUAUGCAUUUGGCCUGUUGCCUCAUGGAAAGUGGUUCCGUCAGUCCCGAAGAGCUGCGGAGUUUGCUGUUGGCAAAAGGGGUUGGCGCGGAGGGUACCAUAAGUGUUUCCCACGCGCUCAAUGUGUUCCUUGAUGUUGCACUCAAUGAGCUUGAAUCCCAUUUUCCUGAUGGAACAAAACAGCUGCGAACCCUGGCAUUCUUUGACGCUCGAAACAUUCCUUACGCUGUUGUAGACUCUGUUGUGGGGAGUGAGAGGGGAGAGGAGUUUGUUAUGUUUCUCACUGGUUUGGGGAUUUGUGGCCAGAGGUGGGAGGAUUCCUCACUCUUCAUACAUAGUUGUAUCGCCGAUGCGCUCCUUACAGGGGCAGAUGAUGCCAUAUUGCUGCGAAGUGCUGAGGUUCUUCAGGCGUUGUGGCCGCGGCGUUGGCGCUCCGCGGGAAGCAGCACAGCACACGAAUUGGUACGUCACACGACGGCGCUGCUGAAGUGGUUUAACGCUCGUAAGCUGUCGUUGAGCAAUGAUUUACUGCUGGGGCUCGACAGGAGCGCGACGUUCCUCGCACUCAAUGAAGGUAAAGAACUUAGAAAGGCUGCCGAGUUUUGGAUUCGUGUUGUCAAUUCGGAUCAGCAUGCUGACCGACGUACAACCGAAGCAGUUCGUGUUGGUAGAGAAUGCGGCAGAUUGCUACAUUUUCUGAGAGACCAGCGCGCCAGUAGCGUAUUGCAGUACGCAUAUCAUUUGGGAGUUGCAGUAUACGGACAACAGUCGCCCGAAGCCGCUCUUAUACUGGGAUGUUAUGCACCAUACCUUCCGUCCUCUCACGAGACCGUUCAGUUACUGUGUCAGUCUGCGGCCGCUCUCAAAAACCGCCUGGGUUGCGCAGAAGCCGUUCUCGGGAGGGAAGAAGAACGCAUGCUUCUUGAAACUGUUUUUGUACUUUACAUGUGUCAAGGGCAAAUGUUGCAGGAGUUGGGCGAAUUGGUGCCGGACUCCCUUUGGGAAUCGCUUCAAAGUGUGGAGAAGGAACUAAAAGGUGGUAAACACUCCAAACUGAAGUGA